GUAUGGAGUUUGGUUUCCAAAUAAAUUACUUGAAAAAGAAACUAAUCACAGCAAACAGAUAUUGAUUAAAUAAUUGUGAAAUUCGCUUUUUUAUAUCUGUACUAAAGAUAACUAAGACUAUGGUUGAAGGCUGUUUUGAUUGGAGAUCAUAUCUCACAAAGCCUGAUUUUGUUGCAGCUCCAGUUUCAUGUUUUAAUCAUGUUCCACUUAGUCGCAUGUGGGAUAGUAUCACAAAUGGUAUUUUAGUAGAGGUGAAAAGUCCAGAUUGCACUACAUGUUGCUCAGUUAAUCCAUGUUGUUACUGGAUAGCUGCUGUAAUUAAAGUGUCAGGCUAUAUGGGUUUAUUACGAUAUGAAGGCUUUGACUCUGAUUCUAGCCUAGACUUAUGGGUUAAUCUUUGUACAGAACCGCACAUUCAUCCAAUUGGAUGGUGUGCUGAGAACGGGAUGCCUCUUGUUCCUCCCAAAUUGAUUGAAGAUAAGCACAAUGACUGGAAGGAGUAUCUGAUGAGAAGAAUGUCGAGAGUUCGCACUACACCUUCUGAUUUUGCCUUGAAACUUGAAGAGCAUAAGCACAACAUAAUAAAGAAAGGCAUGAAAUUGGAAGUAGUUGACAAAAAUCUGAUAUCUGCUGUGCGACUAGCUACAGUCAGAAAAGUCAUUGGAGGUCGUCUGCAUUUGAAAUAUGAUGAUUCAGAAGCAGAAGAUGAUGGAUUUUGGUGCCAUGAACGAUCUCCUUUGAUACAUCCUAUUGGCUGGGCUCAGAUUGUGGGACAUGCUUUAAAAGGAAAACCAGAAUAUGCCAGACAAUCUCUGUUAAAGACUUUGUAUCGAACUUAUGAACCUUUUGAUGCAACAUGGGACAUGUUUUUACCAGUACCAAACCUUAUAAAGAGUCCAAAAUUUAAAGAAGGGAUGAAACUAGAAGCUAUUGAUCCUCUGAAUUUGUCAACCAUAUGUGUUGCAUCAGUAACUGAGGUUCUGAGAAAUAAUUACCUCAUGAUUGGAAUUGAUGGUAUGACUGAAGCUGAUGGAUCUGACUGCUUCUGCUAUCAUGCUUCAUCCCCUUGCAUUUUCCCAGUUGGAUUCUGCGAAUCAAAUAAUCUCACUCUUACUCCUCCCAGAGGAUACAAAGGCGAAUUCAGGUGGUCUGAUUACCUAAGAAAAACUAAGGCUAAACCUGCUCCUUCAGUUCUUUUCCAAAGGGAGAUUCCAAAUCAUGGUUUCAAAGAGGGCAUGUAUCUAGAAGCAGUAGAUCUGAUGGAACCUGGGUUAAUAUGUGUAGCAUCUGUCACUAAAGUGGUAGGACGUCUUCUUUGCAUUCACUUCGAUGGGUGGGAUACAGCUUAUGACCAGUGGUGUGAUUGUGAAGCACCAGAUCUCUUUCCUGUUGGUUGGUGUGAAAUGGCUGGAUACCGGUUAGAAGCACCUCGUUCUGAAGGCAGCAGUGAUUCAAAGAAAAAUGUAAAAACAUCUGUUACAAAGACAAGGAGAAGAAAAAGACGUCUUUUCACUCAGAAGAAAAGACAUAGUGAAGAUUUUGAUGGAGUCUCAAUUAAAAACGAACCUGAAGAUGCUGAUACAAUGUCAGUCACCAGGGAGGAUUCCAGUUCAAGCUCUUAACUUUCAGCUCUCAUAAAGCUGAAAUUUUUCUACUGUGAUAAUAUCAGUUUCCUUUUGAUACAUUCCUAUAUAGUUUUGCCUUUCUCUUGUGUUUUAUUUAAAUAAAUUUUACGAUUAAAGUAAACGAUUAUAGUAAAACUUUGAUAAGUAGAAAAUGAUUCAACUUUUAGCAAACAGUCAAUAAUCCUAAAUCAUUCAUCUUUUUUUUUUAUUCAUUUAAAAACAUGUGUAAUGCAUCAUAUAUUAUUUUUAUGUCUAUAUUGUUUUAUUGUCAUUGUUAAAUAUGUUAUUGUUACUUAUGGUACUUGCCAUAGACAAGUCCACUGACAAAGUCAGUGAUUUUAACCCGAGUUUGUGCAGUAGCUUCUGAGAGUAAAGGUCCCUGAGAACCCGAGGGCUUCAGACUUCUAUCUCAUAUUAUUCUAAAAUUAAUUUUUUAUUGCAAGAAUUAGUAUUCAAGAAAUUUGUGAAAUUCUAAAUAAACUUUUAUUUUGAUAUAUUUGCAUUAAAACUGAAAUGUGUGAAGGAGAUAUGUAAUAACACUAUAAAAUUGGCAAUAAAAUAUGCAAUGUAUAUUUUAUUAACAAAAUAAAAUACAGGGUGAUGAGUAAUAUCACAUGAAUUCAGCAUUAUACAAUUCAGAAUUUAGUCACUCUCAUAAUAAAAGGAAAGUAAAUUGAAUUUCAUCUAGCCUAAGCACUGAUAAAAAAAAAUUAACAUUUAGUAUAAAUGCAUAAAAUAAAUGUAGCAAUCAAUUAUGACAGUAUAAAUAGGUAUAGGAUAUAAACAAAAAUUAAUAAGAUAAAUGAACAAAAAGCAUAAAUAAAGAUGUACAUCAUCAGGAUCAUCAAUUAAUUAAAUGAGAGAAAUUCCUAAAAUAUUCUGAAUUAUUAUCUGUUUUGUCCCUUAUACCAAUUUCAACCAGUCUAUUUUAAACCAAGUCUAAAAUACUCAAUGUAUUGUUUUUCUUCGGGGGUGGGUAGAGAAGGUAUUAAAUCUGUAUUAAUUUUAUAGAAAAUAUCCAAAGAACCAUAUCUAAUGAAAAUGUGAAAAAUAAUACAAACAUAAGGAAUGAUACUUGCAGAGACGACAAGACAAUAUAACCACCUUGGCUGUUGAGAUACCAUGUAUAUAAUCACAAUUUGAUGAUUCAAACUUUCCAUCAACCUCGCUAAUUUCUUCCUCAUUGAGUAUUAGACAAUUACAUAUCUGCAUGUUGACAAAUGAAGUAAAAUUCUGGGCAAUCAGGUAUACUAGUGAAAAGUAGUUUGCAGUAACAUUAUUGAGAAAAUGUCUAUAAGAAAUUAUUAUAAGAAGAUUUCUUCAAGUUUUUAUUGGCAUUUUAUUUUUAUUUGUCACAUUUUGUUUAGCAUUACCCAUCUAACCAAGAGAGCAUUUAUCUCAUAUUUUAAUUAGUAUGAUAACUUCUUCAGUUUUGCAUCCAAAUUAUAUAAGGUCUGAAAUUAAAGGUGAUCAAGGUUUAAAAAUUUUUUAAUAUCCCUUUACUAAGUAAAUUAUUUACAAUAUUGAGUCUCGCGUGAAAUGAAAAUUUGAAACCUUCAGUUUUUUAUCUUAGUGUUCAAUAUAAAUGUAUUUGAAUUAUAUUGUACGUAUCCAAACAGCAAGCGAAUUUAUUUCAUACUUUCAUUGGGUUAAUAUAUACUUAAUUUCUGCAUGCAAAUUCAGUCAUUCUGUUGAAUCAUGACUUUAGGAUACUUUUUUUUGUAGAAAGGCCUAGAAAUAAAAUUGCAUGGGAUUAGAAAAGGACAGAAUAUAGAUUCCCUAAAACAUUAAAUAUUUUCAUUAUUCGCUUUUUAAAUCAUGUUCGUAAUAGUAUAACUUCCUUUCCUUCUAGAUAAAAUACAAACACAAAGUUACUCAGUUUUUGUUGGCUAGCAUUUAAAAAAAAAAAGAAUCUUUUGAAAUGUGAAAUAGAAUUCUGUUGUUAAUAAUAGCAAGGAGAGUAUAUUAUCUAUAUACAUUUCUCACUUGAUUCGCUGAUACUCUUUCUUUUAAACAAACACAUGGUUGUUUCAAAUUAUACACUGAAUAUAUCAUUGAUGAAUGUACUCUUAAAAAAAAUCAGUGGAAAGCUCAUUGAAUUGUUACUACAAAUUCUGUCUUAUUAAACUGGGGGGAGAGAGGUUACCUUUUUCAUUCCCCCAAUAUAACAAGUGAUACCUGUGACCUAAUAUGCCUUCCCCACCCCCACUUCCCACUCAGUCACUGUUAAGUUAUAAAUGAAGUUGAUGGAAAGUAUUAUUCUCUCACCCUUUUGUCAAAUGUAGUUUACAUUUUUAUAUGAAUCAAUCUUGAAAACCAUAUGCUAAAUUAGGUUUUAUUCAAUUUGAACAAAAUCUAACAUUCAAUGAAGUUUUCAGAAUUGUCAAUGAUUUUUUCAGUUGCUAAUUGAAUAAAAGAGGUUUUACUUAAGUUAGAUGGGUGAGGGGUUUUUGUGUAUGUGAUGUCUAAAAUUUGUCAAGUAUUAAUUAAAUAGUAGCUAUUAAAUUGUUUUGAGCUUAUUGAAAAAUUUUAAAAAUUAUGCAUGUAUUUGUUUUUAUUUUAUCUUAUGUAUAGUAGAAGAGUCAUUAAAUUUAUUUAUUUGCCAUUGUAAUGUUUUGAUAAAUUACAAUUAUAGCCAUUUAAUACAUAUCUGUACAUGCAUAUACAAAGUGGUUCAAAAAUAUCUGACUCAAAUUUAAUAGCAGGUAGUGGGGAUAGAAAUAAUCAGAAUUUGUAAUGGAAUGUGUUGCCAGAAAGGCUUGUUAAAAUAAUGGCAUGUGAAGAAGAUAUGAGCAAUAAGCAAGUCCAGAGAAACAGCAAUAUAUUGAUUCCACUUCUCAGAAUAAGUGCUGAAAAUUGUGGACAUAAUAUUUAUACAUGGAUUGCUUACGCAAGUAAUACAUGGAUUGGUUUCUAUUAGUAAAGAUUUCAAACAUUUCCAGCUGCAGCAGCAGUUUAAAUUUUAAAGAUCUUUGUUGGAUUGAAUGAGAUUUUCUUUGAUCUUAUUCUUUGCAAGCUUAUAGAAAAAACAAAUGCAUGUUAACUUGGUGAUUGAGAUAGUGGAGUAUCUGCUGUGCUUGUGACAGGAUUGCUCUCAAAAUUAUGUUCGUUCAGAGAAAGUGUUUUUUCCAUAGAAUCUGAAAUGAUCCAGUUUCACGCAGCAAUCAACAAAAUAUUUGAAUGUCCAGUUGUCGACUUGGAAGUAUCCUGUUUAAAUCCUUUCAGCAGCUGAAUCUUUUCUUUCCGCAGUCUCAUAUUUGUAACCUGGCUCUGUAUUCAUAUAGAAAUUCAUACUAUUGAAAUCUGCUGCCUGAAUUGUGUGAACAACGAUUUGCAACAGCACUCUGUACUAUCUCAAUGUGUCACUCCUACAUAUAUAUUUCUUAACCAAAUCUUAUUAUUUUUAUACCCACACCCUCCAACUCUGGUUACCCAGUCAUCCAUAACACUUCUUACAGAUAUAAUAUAAUUUAAUAUAAUAAUAAUAAUUUGGUGGUAUCUGUUAUAACAGAUAUUAUUCCACAAAUUAUUGGAGAAUAGAUAUUCCCAAAGAAUUUUGAUUAGAUAAAACAUAAUUUAAAAUUAUUUAACAGACAUUUUUUAUUGACUAAAUAUAUUAAUGAAAUAAUUUUAUUUCAAAAAACACACAAUAUGAUUUUGUGAUCAAACAAAUUAAAACUUUUGUCAUAUUUACGAUUUUUUUUUUAUUAUUAUUAUUAAAUAGCAAGAAUUUCUGCUUUUUUUAAAAAAAAAAAAGUCUUUACUGCUCAGUUAAACAUCAUAGCAAACUCCCAUAUGCAUUUUGUAAUGAGGAGUGACUUCAAUGUUUUUGCAUUCAUACUAGAACAGGAUUCCGUAUUUUUUACAAUUUUUUUUACCUUGCUAAAAAAAAAAAAAUUGUCACUAAACAUCUUCACUGCUGUGAGCGAGGAAGGGUAUUUUUUGCGUUGUUUGUAGUUUUCCAUAAUUUUUCAUUAUAUAUUUGUUACUCCAUAGUUUUGACCUAACCUCUGCAAUUUCGCCUAACUAAGGAAAUUCCGUUGAUGUUGGAGGGUAUGUAUACCUUCUUUUAAAUUUGUGUUUGUAUAUUUUUGAAUUAGUUUGAAAUAUUUUACUUAAACAAUACUCUUUUAAUUUUAAUGAACUCUCCAUAUGUCAUAAAAAGUUUCUUGCAUCGUUUAGUACAAAUUCAUACUGUCUGUUAGAAAACAUAAUUCAAAUAUUUCAUAUAAAUUAUAUCAACACAAUUAUUUGUAUUAUAUAAUUUCCAAUAACAGUAGAUACAUGUUUAUAAAAAAUCUUUUAUCUCGAUGUAAAAUGUAUUAAAAUUUCUU